AUGAAGUCCUUGAGCAACUCCGUCCCCGUCCGCCGCGGCGGCGGAAUUCCCAGAAACUCUCCUUCCGCGGGCCGCCGGCUCCACCCAGAUUGGACGCUGGCCGGCAUCGACGACCGGCCGUCAACCAGCCUCACGUCUACGGCCUGGGCCGUCCAUCGCCCCGACCCGGACCACGCCCUCUCCGCCCUCCUCCCCUUCUGGUCCCCCGCCACCUCCUCCUUCCUCCUCCCCUUCGCCGAGGCCUCCUUCACCCUCGAAGACGCCCACGCCCUCUCCUCCCUCCCCCUCUCCGGCUCCCCCCUCCUCCGCCCCCUCUCCCCCUCCGAGCACCGCCUCCGCCUCCGCCUCCUCGUCGAGCGCGAGAAGAUCCUCCACCUCCACCCCGCCGCCCUCCGCUCCCGCCGCGUCCCCUCCCCCCUCUGGCUCCGCUGGUUCCUCCACCUCGCCGACGACCCCGAACUCCGCCACCUCGGCUUCCUCGCCUACUGGCUCACCCUCCUCGUCCUCCCCCUCUCCCCGCGCCGCGAGAUCCCCGCCCGCGCCUUCGCCAUCGCCGCCCGGCUCAGCGCAGGCGACCGCAUCGCCCUCGCGCAGAUCGCCACCGCCAAUGUCUACCGCGAUCUCAAUCGAAUCGCCUCCGCCAUUCGCGCCGGGAGAGGGGGACGGGUCGAGGUGUCGGCCGCGCCGUUCGGCCUGCUGCAAGCUUGGGUCUGGGAGCGGUUCGCGAGCCUGCGGCCGCCGCCGCCGCGGAAUUUGGUGUACCCCCUGUCGAGGGCUCGGAUCGUGCGCUGGAGUAAGAGGAGGAGAGUCACGACGACGGAAGAGGCCCUCCGCGUGUUUCGCGACGGGCGGUGCUUCGUGUGGAGGCCCUACUCGGAGAACGGCGGUAAUUGGAAAGAGCCCGAUUGGUACAGUUGCGAACCAGAGGUGAUUCAUGUCGAGAAAGGGGCGCCCGAUUGGUUUCCCGACUUUCUCGCGGUUGUUUCGCCGUCUACGUUGGUCGGCUUUUUCGGCGACGGUCUCAUUUCCUCCGAGGAGUAUCGGCCUUAUCGGGUCGCUAGGCAAUUCGGCUACGAUCAAGCCGUUCCGGAGUCGUCGAAGAAAAUGCACGCGCUCGGCCUCGAUGGAUCCAAAAUCUACGUCCCGAGCAUAACCAGAUGCGGCGAAACAAGCGCGGAUUACAUUCCUUGGUGGAAUAAGUUCAUCGAAACGUGUCAGAAAGAGGAUGCCGCAUGCAAAAGCAGAUCGAAUGGAUCGGACAAACGGAAAGGACAUGAAGAAGAGAAUGAAAGGGAAAAUAUAGGGAGUGUAACCAAGGAGUUGAAGGAAAAUGAUGGUAAUAGGGUAGAUCAUAUGGUGCCAAAGCAUAGUGUGAAGAGGAGAAAAUCAGAAACAGUUGAGUUUAAAAGAGAGGCGGAGAAAGAAAAUAUAAAUUUAGAUUUCGAUGUGGAAUUUAAUGUACGAACACCUUCGGUACCUGAUAAGAGAUCUGAGGUAGUAAUUAUCGACGACAGCGAAGAAGAGAGUGCUGAUUGUGAGGGGGAGGAUCAAAGUCGACGUCUUGUUGAGGAGUUGGAGGAGUUCGUACGCCGCGGGCUUUUGACGGAAUGGGAACCGAGUUCGCCCGAAGCAGACGAAAAGAGCAGCGGACGGGAUAAGACAACCACAAAGAGGGCCGACCCUUACGGGAGCGAGGCUAUUCGGAUGUAUCCCCGGUUUUUUGAGCUUAUUCCCCAAGACCCACACUACAGAGGAUUACUUAGUUCGAGCGUCGGCGAAGAUGUUAGGAGAGAUGUUUACCUCGCGAAGUGGUAUAGACUUGUGGAGUUGAUGAGGCUAGCACUGAAAACGUCGUGGGAUACCGACCCUUUGGAGAUUGAAAAGCUGCUGAGGGAAGCUCGAAAACUUGAGCAGUUCGGGUUUAAUGUUAGGCACCUGAUCGCGCGUUUGAGAGAACCACAAGCCCGAGUGGAGAGACUGGAAAAGGCUAGACGUAGGCUCGAAGAGGCACAGAGAACAGAGAAAGAAGCAAGAGACGUGAAAGCUCUUUCUAGCCAUAUAAGCGAAUUAGAAAGCAAGUUAAGAUCUAUCGAGAAAAAGUUAGACGAAAGCCGACAAGCCAUCGGUUUAAUACAGCAGGAUAAGUUGAAGCGCCCAAUAAAUAUGGAGUAUUUGAAGAGGGAAGUGGAAGUUGCGGAAGAGAAUUUGCGAGCUAUGAAAAGGGGAUGUUCGGUUUAUGAAAACCGAAAUUGAGUAAUCUGAAAAGUAAGGUUUUGAUGUGAUUAAUCACCUUGUCGAACACUCUUUUUUGGGCUCCUUUUUGUUUCAUGUAAUUAUUUUGUUGCAGCAACUUAGAUGUGAAUGUUUUGAAUACUUUAGCAUGCACAUUUUGUUGUUUAUCCAGCAAAACUUACCAAAUGAUAUAAGUUUUCUGUUUGUUUCA